AUGGAAGCAAAUAAUAACCAACCAGCUCAAUGUGAGCAGUCAGAAGCGGCUCCUAUAUCCAAACAUGACCGUGGCUGGCGUCGAGUUAUUCGCAACUUUACCCCCGCCUGGUUUUCCGUUAAUAUGGGGACAGGAAUCGUUUCAAUCUUGCUCAACACUUUGCCUUACAACGGACGAUGGCUAUACUAUAUCUCGAUCAUCAUUUUCGUCUUGAACGUGGUUUAUUUUACGAUCAUCCUGGCCAUCACACUUCUACGUUACAUACUCUAUCCGGAAAUCUUCAGAGUCAUGGUUACCCACCCAGUACAAUCGCUGUUUCUGGGCACAUUUCCGAUGGGUCUUGCGACAAUCAUCAACAUGUUCUGCUUCGUCUGCGUACCCGCAUGGGGUGACGGAGCUGCUUAUUUCAUUUGGGCUAUCUGGAUCUUUGACGCAGUGGUGUCCGUGCUGGUUGCUAUCGGGAUCCCCUUCCUGCUGAUGACGAGUCAGAAGACCUUCGACCUUUCGUCAAUGACGGCUGUUUGGCUUCUGCCGAUUGUGUCGUGUGUCGUCGCGGCCGCAUCGGGAGCGAUCGUAGCGGAUGUCUUGCCCAAUAUCCAUCUAGCUCUGGCUACCAUCCUGGCUAGCUAUAUUCUGUGGGGAAUCGGCGUUCCUCUGGCGCUCAUGGUUAUCUGUAUUUAUCUGCAACGCCUGAUGUUCUACAAGCUUCCGCCGAAGGCGAUGCUUGUCAGCGUUUUCCUCCCUCUUGGUCCUCUUGGUCAGGGUGGUUUUGGAAUCCAGAAACUCGGCAAAGUGGCACAAAAGGUCUUCCCUCAGACGAAUACCCUGAGUGCCACCACUGGUGAUGUCUUUUACAGUGUUGGAUUCAUGAUCGGGAUCUUGCUGUGGGCAUUCGGUUUGGUGUGGCUCACUUUUGCCGUGACUACUUUGAUAACUACGAAGAAGUUCCCGUUCAACAUGGGCUGGUGGGCGUUGACUUUCCCCCUAGGGGUCUUCACCACUUGUACUUGUACCAUGGGCAACGAGCUUCCCUCGCGAUUCUUCUCAGUUCUUGGCACAAUAUUCUCCGUCUCGGUCUUACUGCUGUGGCUUUUGGUCAGCUUCCACACGAUCCGCGGCAUUGCUCGUGGGGAUAUCUUCGUCGCGCCAUGCCUUAAAGAUCUGGGAAACGCAAGGUCUCGGUCUGGCGAGAAAGUGUGA